AUGGUUCCAAAUAUACGCUAUAUCGGGAAUUAUGAUAUAAAUGCAGAAGGGAAAUUCCUUUGGGAAAUUCUCUGUCAGUUACGAAAUCUUGGGAUUGGAAGAAUUGUGACAAAGAAUGAAUGGGCAAGAAAAUGGCCGAAACAGCCAUCGUACUUAAAAAUUGUUCAAGCCUGUCCAAGUAUGGAUCGUUGGUUACUUCGGGGAAAACUUUGGGCAGAUUGGACCUUUAGAGGCAUUAAUUUAGGCUUAUAUGAAUUUAGCACGGAUUUAGCACGCGCAGAUUGGCGUUUAAUCCAUAAGCACGAGGAAGAUGAAUUUAUAAAAUGUGAUAGUCCUAUGAAGCCAAUUGAGUAUCCGAAAACGAUGCCACUUCCCCCAUAUCUUCGAGCUGUAUGUGAAAAUGGUGAUAUAAUUAAAGUGGAAGAGAAACGGAUAAAUUUGGAUUUAUGUUUGGACCCUCAAUUUGGCAUGAUUAAGCAUCUUUUCAAACAGGUUGAUGUGCGACAUGGGAAUUCUAUUUAUGACGAGACAAGACCAGAAAUUUGGUUAGAUUUAUAUGGUGAUGAAAUGCCGACAAAAGUAGACGCAUGGACGGUUGGUCCCGCAGAAUUACGACCUCAUUUUGACAGUUCUGUUCCGACGCCUUGUCCUCCAGAGCUGGAUAACAUGCCAUUGCCUGAAUUUAAAUUCAAUUCAUCGGAGUUAGAAAAUAUAGAUGAUGUUGCAAAUAGCGAAAAUUCGGGCAAAGUGAUGGUAAAACCGGUGAAAAUGAUAUUGGUGACAGGGGGUGUCAUCAGUGGUGUUGGUAAAGGUAUUAUCUCGUCUAGUUUGGGUGUGCUGCUCAAAGCUCAUGGUUAUCGAGUUUCGUUUAUUAAAAUUGAUCCAUAUAUUAACAUCGACGCUGGUACAUUUUCACCUUUGGAACAUGGUGAAGUGUUUGUUUUGGAUGAUGGCGGUGAAGUCGACUUGGAUUUGGGAAACUAUGAAAGAUUCUUGAAUAUUCGUUUGACACGCGAUAACAAUAUUACAACGGGCAAGAUAUAUCAGCAGGUUAUUGAACGUGAAAGACGUGGGGAUUAUUUGGGUAAAACGGUGCAAACAAUACCGCAUAUAACAAGUGCAAUCAUUGAAUGGAUAGAGCGUGUUGCAACAAUACCGGUUGAUGGUACUGAUCAGCAACCGGAAGUUUGCAUUGUUGAACUUGGUGGUACCAUAGGUGACAUUGAAAGCAUGCCUUUUGUUGCUGCUUUUGAAAAGUUCCAAAGACCUACGUUCAAAGAUCGGCUAAUGACAGUACAUGUUUCUGUAAUUUUGGAACCGAAAAGUACAGGUGAGCUAAAAACGAAACCAAUGCAAAAUAGUAUGCGUAAUUUACGAGCCAGUGGUUUAACCCCAGAUUUGCUGGUAUGUCGAAGUGAGCGACCAUUAAAUAAAGCAUUACGUGAAAAAAUUGCGGCGUUUGGGAUGGUUGAAUUGGAACAGGUAAUUAGUGUUCACGAUGUCUCGAAUAUUUACAAAGUACCUCUUCUGCUUUAUAAACAAAAUGUGUUGGAAAUGAUUGUUGAACGAUUGAAAUUAACAGCGGUAAAUGCUGAAGACGCACUCAUACUGAAGCCCAAUCUUUUCCAGUGGACACACCUCUCCAACCUGUGCGAUAGUUUUCAAGAAGAAGUUCGAAUUGCAUUAGUAGGAAAAUACGUACUAAUCCCUGAUGCAUAUGCAUCAUUGAACAAAGCCCUUCGACAUUCUGCAAUUCAUGCUAAGCGACAGCUUGUUAUUUCGUACAUUCAUUCGGAACAUCUGGAAGAAACGAAUGACCCAGCACAUAUAGCGGAUUAUAAAUAUGCAUGGGAGACCAUUAAACGAUGCCAAGGUGUAGUGGUGCCGGGCGGAUUUGGUGGUCGUGGUAUCGAGGGAAAAAUUGCAGUGUGUAAGUAUGCGCGAGAAAACAAUAUUCCAUUCUUAGGGAUUUGUCUUGGCAUGCAAUGUGCUGUAAUCGAAUUUGCACGAAAUGUCUGCGGUAUCAAAGGUGCUAAUUCAACUGAAUUUGACAAAACAGUUGUCGGAGAACAACAGGUAGUGGUCGAUAUGCCAGAACACAAAGGUGACGAAAAGGGUAUGGGUGGUACAAUGCGUCUUGGUUUGAGAGAUACAGUUUUUCUGACGGAGAACUGCAAAUUACGAAAGUUAUAUGACGCAAAAAAAAUCAGUGAACGUCAUCGGCAUCGUUAUGAAGUUAAUCCUAAAAUCGUUCCGAAACUUAGUCGAGCUGGUCUACUCUUUGUCGGUAUGGGGAUAAAUGAAAAUAUAGCACAUGUAAAUGGGAACAUAUCAUCAUAUUCUGCCUUGUUAAAAUUAGUUGAAUGUGAAACUUCGAAAACUGUGGGGGAAAAAAGUACGCAAGAAAUGUAUGCAAUCUCUGAACAAGGAAUUUUAUUGUCCAAAAUUGAAAAUUUGUGUGGAACUGGAGGUAAUGAGAUCAGUGUAACAUCUGUGCGCAUGGAGAUUUUUGAGUUGCAAGAUCAUCCAUAUUUUGUUGGUGUUCAGUUUCAUCCGGAAUACUUGUCACAUCCAUUACAACCGAGUCCUCCACUUUUUGGCCUAAUAUGUGCAGCUUCUGGACAGUUGGAAAGUUUUCUUCGUGGUUCCAAGAUACCUUCACCAAUGAGUAUCUUGAAAGCAGCGGAGAAUUAUGUGAAUGUACUUACUCUGCACCACUUUAUUUCUUAG